UAAAAAAUCACGAUAACCCCCCGACCCCCCAGCGCCUGAACCCUCAGUUCCUGAAGUCUACUGCUUCCAAGUGCUCCCUGGUUCGAAACCCCAUAUCGCCGCCGCCAACAUGUUUCUGCGACGCAGAAAUGCAGCGCAUUAUGGGUGGGUUCAUAGAAAAUUCUAAUUAUCAGUCUCCAAUAAUGUCAUUAACGUCAUAAUUGACAUUACCUGAUAUGCUGAAGACGGCGCACACUCUCGUGAAACACUGGAGCGAUGUUAAUGGUUGCCUGAACGCCAGUUCACGCCUAGACAGGCGGAUGCUCUACUCCAUAACAAGGGUGGUCUUGUCUAACUAUGAGAUAGCCGUCAGAUUAAUGUUAUCCUCAGCAUCCAUAUCAUUAUCGCCCAGUUGUCGUCGCAACACCAGUGAUACUACCACUAGAGCCGGAGAGGAUAGUUUGCCGAAGGCUGUGAUUGGGAAAUUGGAGCUAGACCUGGUGGAGAGGGCCAUCGUCGUGCAAAAGGCUGUGAAGCACUCGGUUCUGCGCCUCACGGCGGUGCUGCAGGACAUAGAGGAAGAGGCCGCACUUGCGACGAGGAGCAAUGAGGUCGAGUGCCCACUGCCUGAUAGAGGUCUCCAAGAGCUUAUCGCGAGGUUAUUCAGAUUACUAGGGACUGAAUCAAGCAUGUGCUUGUGAUUUAGAUUGAUUACACCCGAGGGUAUCGAACGACAUUGUAUUAGAGGAACUGAGA